CAGAUGGCACACGCUAGCAGAAACAAAAGCAAGAAGAAAACCUCUUUUGACAGGUUCUUUUUCCGGUUUGAUUCUCAAACGUUUAGGCCACGAUGAGAACGAUCAACUCAAAUCAAACGGUCACCAUCCCCAAGGGCGUCUCGGCCAAGGUCCAUGCCCGAGUCGUGACGGUUUACGGCCCCCGGGGUAAGCUCAGCAAGAGCUUCCGCCACCUGGCCAUGGACGUGUACAAGGUGUCCAAGAAGAAGCUGAUGGUGGAGAAGUGGUUCGGUUCCAAGAAGGAGAUUGCCGCCGUCCGCACCGUCUGUUCCCACAUCGAGAACAUGAUCAAGGGCGUCACCAAGGGAUUCCAGUACAAGAUGCGCGCCGUACAUGCCCAUUUCCCCAUCAACUGCGUCAUCAGCGAGAACAACAGCCUGGUCGAGAUCCGAAACUUCCUCGGUGAGAAGCACAUCCGUCGCGUCAAGAUGCAGGCCGGCGUGACCGUGGUCAACUCGGCCAAGCAAAAGGACGAACUGAUCCUCGAGGGUAACGACAUCGAGGCCGUUUCCCUGUCCGCUGCCCUCAUCCAGCAGUCGACCACCGUCCGAAACAAGGAUAUCCGUAAGUUCUUGGACGGUCUGUACGUGUCGGAGAAGACGACGGUCGUGCAGGAGGAGGAAUAAGUUCUGCGCUAUUUUCUUGUAAUAAGUGGGUUCGCGAAGAUAAUGAAGGGAGGAGUGAAAUAAAAGAAAGAAAGCAAAAGUUUCCAAAAACGAAGCGAAAA